AUGUCGGUCCUCGGCCCCUCCCUCUACAAACAAGUGCAAGCCUCGAAGGGCCUGUACAAGUUCCUGAAGCCGCUCGCGGACCGCUACGCCUCCGUGGCCGGCUACCGAGCACACGGCCUCAAGUACGACGACAUCUUGAUCGAGGAGAACCCCACAGUCCAAAAGGUGCGUGUUGGGUGCUACUCUGUGGGCUGGUAGUGUAGUCGAUGGGUGGACGGCGCUGGAAUCUUGGGCACGACACGCCGUCCCCAGCAGUUGCGGAGGGAGCGAGCUCGCUGUCGUCGGGCCAGACCGCACACCUCUGUUCUCGCUUCCCGGCGCUACCGAACAUCCCACACGAGGCGCGCAGAGUAUGCAAGACUGCGACUGACUCCACCCCAACUCACUUGCAGGCCCUCGGUCGAUUGUCGGAGCGAGAGUCGUAUGACCGAGCGUUCCGUCUGCGUACCGCGAGCAUGUGCGCGAUCGCCCACCAGGAAUUGCCCAAGGACAAGUGGCUCCCCAAAGACCAGGUCAGUGUUUGAUCGUACUCACACGAAGGAUGGUGGCUGAGUGCACGAGCGCAUCCGGAGUGGUGGUAGUGAGAGAGGGUGCCGGGCAACGAGUCACGGCGGCCGCGAUAUGGGUGGCUUUGUGCUCGAAGAGAUCCGCUGACGUUAUUGCUUCAACUUUUCAUUUCACUCGGUUUCUCGACGGUACCCCUUGCGCUGCUUGUGGCUUCACCUCGCGAUCUCUUCCGCCAAUCCGCUUGCUCCGAAUGCGAUCACCUGGACAUAACCGAAUCACAUCGCUCAUGUCUCGCGUCGCAUGGUGUCAACUCUUUUGAACGUAACCGGUUCACAAUCCUCAGGAUGUUCGUUACCUCAAGCCCCUCGUCGCCGAGAUCGAGCAAGAGGCCGCCGAACGCGCCGCGUGGGACUCGGUCAAGAGGGCUUGA